AUCACAAAUCACUGCGUGAUAGAAAACGAUUACUCGAGCAUUGGCAGGAUUUACAAAAUCCAAAUAUCGUCCUUAUUUUUUUCUGGGUAAUAUUUUAAGUUUUGUAAAAAUAGAUUAAUGACCGUAAAAAGAAGUAAAUUAAUCUCUAAUUUCUCUCUCCUCAAACACCAAAUCUCACCUGCUCUCAUCUCAUCUCCAUACCCUUCCUCCUCCUCCCGCCUCCGGAGUUCUGACUGCCUCCGCCGCCUCUUAAAACCCUAACUAUUCUCCUCCCACAAAACCACCACCUUCUAAUCGGCGCCGCCUCUUCCAUUGUCGAUUUUCAAUUUGGGGGUCUUCUAACCAAUUCUCCUUCUCUGCCGCUGUUAUUCUCAGUGUUGACGACAAUAUACUGGGUUGCGGAAACUUGAUCUCUUCAAAGCUCACAUCAUGGUAGUUGUUGAAGCAGUCACCAAACUGGGGCAGGCAAGAUAGAAUGCUAGAGAAGUGCACUCAUCUUGUGAAACUGAGCAAGCACUAGUCCUUUUGCCUUCAAGCGAGUUCUAGAAUGGAGCAAACUGUUUCUGAAAGACCGUUAUCUCAGGAACAACAUAUCAAUCAACUUCAUACGCAUCAUAAUGGCACUGUGAAUACCAGUGGUGCUCAUUUGAAACAGGAUCCAACCGAACGAUGGUGCUCCAGGAGAUGGACGGGAUGGAGAGGAACUACACAAAGUGGAAGUUAUGGUGGUGAGCAUUUAAGACAAGAUAAGGUUCAAAUGCCUAUAUGCCGUGACAACUUUCGAGGCAAAUGUAGUCGUGGAGCAAUUUGUAAAUAUCAGCACUCUGAAUCUGAUGAACAUGAUAGAUCCAGGUUCUGUCAGAGUGAGCGAGAAAAGUUGGGUGCUGUUGCAACUUUAGGAAACUCCCAUUUUUAUAGAGCAAAUGAUGGUACUGAUUCUACACCUAGGUUUUCAUCUAGAGGUGGCAGGAUCAGAUCUCCUUGCCGUAGAUUUCAGAGUGGAAGAUGCUACAGUGGAGCAUCUUGCCCAUAUUUGCACCCUGAAAUGGCCAGUUUUGAUAAAACGAUACAUGAUUCAAGAGUUGACCAGCAGCAAGUACAUAGAGCAGUAAGGGAUCCUGGUUUUGGUGGAAGAAAUAGAGAUAAUUUUACAAGGAUUUCUCAGGAACAUGUUGGAGCAAACAACGCAAAUACAGAGUCCAGGAGUAGAUCCCCUUGUCAACAUUUCCUCAGAGGCAAAUGCGAUUUUGGAGCAUCUUGCAAACGUUGGCACCCAGUCAAUACAUAUGUUGGUUCCAGACAUGAUCUGAAUACUCAACAUCAUCAAGGAUACGCAGCAACUUCAAGUUAUCCUGUUUCUGGUGAGAGAAGUCGAGAUGUCAUUUUGAGGACAACACAUGAGUAUGCGGAAGCAAAUAUGCACAAUCAAUUGAGAACUGGGGCUUAUUCGAGAGAUCCUAGUAGCAGAUCACCAUGCCGGAAUUUCCUCAGUGGAAAAUGUUAUCGUGGAUCAUCUUGUGUGCAUUUGCACCCUGUUACUGUAUAUGAUAGACCAAGAUUUGAUUUAUGGAAUGCUCAACAAAAUCAAGGAGUUUCAGUAAAUUCAAGAGCCCCACAUUUUGCUGAUGGCAGUAUAGCUACGACUUUUGGGACAUCCCAAAUUCACGAGGACAGCAAGAACUAUUCAAACCAACCAUAUCGAGACACACAUGCAUACCAUGAGCCAAAAAAAGCACGGCCGUCAAAGGAUGGUGUACAGUUGGCUGGUAACAGGAAAAAUAUGGAUGUUACAUCCAGGAGCUGGUCGUAUGAGGGACAGAGAAACAGGUUGACGGAUGAUUUCGGUGGUGACAAGACAAUACGAGAGGUGUGCCUUCGGUUUACGAAGGGUAGGUGUGACCUUGGAGAACACUGCAGAUAUCUCCAUGGCUACCAUGAAUAUGCUACUUCUACUUCUAACUGGAGUGGAAAACCAAACACAGAAGCUGCUGGAGACUCUAGGAAUUUUGGUGUGGAAAAUCAAUAUGCCAAUACAGCGAUGGCUCAGGAUCGCGCUGGUAUCAAGAACUAUCAGAUGUCCUUAGGUAAAAGUAAGCAUACUGAAAGCAGUGUACUUCCAUCUGAUGGUUUCUUUGACAAGGAAGCUAAAGGGCAAUCUGUUGAUGUUGCUAUGGAACCUAAAAUUCGUAAGGGUGAUGCGACAACCAUGGAUGGGCUCAAAUGUGAUAUUUCUGGAGAAAAAGUUGAGAGUUUCUGCAAUUCUGCUGAAGGACGUGAUAAUAUCAGUUUAUGGAGUCGGCCAUUUAAGAGGCAAAGAAACAGUAGUCCCCCCUUCCCCUCCCAAGAAGAUUUUCAUUGCCCGAAGUUUAGGAGAUAUGAUUCUUGGGUUGGCUCACGUGGAGGCAGGUCCUACAAUGUUGCACAAUAUCAAUAUUCAGAUCGUCGUUCUUACAGAUACGAGAAGCCUGUGUUUCAUGCGAAUAGCCAACGGCGUACAAACGGCAAAGAAACUUCAGUGAACCCUUGCUCUUGUGAAAAUAACGACUCCAAUUUUGCAACUCCCCACAGGUGUAAAGAAGUGGUUACUCUAGGUUCGCAGCUAGAGCAGCGUGCCGAUGGUGGUCAUGGUUCAAGUAUUGUGAUUGCCAGCAAGAAAAAUGAAGCUGAUUCUGCAAGAUGUGCUUUACAGCCUAGUAAUACUAACCAAAAUAAUGAGGUAUUAGCAACAGACAGUGUCGCCGUUGAUAGUUCAGGGGGGUCAGCCACUAUUAGUCAGGAGGCUUUGGAAUCAGGUUCAACACGUUCAUGUGGAAGAAACGUUAUUUCUCCAUUGGCUAUUGGUCAGACUAUGUUAGAAAAAGAAUCCAAUGUUAACAUGCCCAUUGAUUUUGGCCAGGAGGGGAAAGAGACAACUCUAGACUUGAUGACAUCGUUAAAAACCUAUUCUAGGAAGAAUAGUAGAAAAAGGCUUCCUGUAUCUUGUGAAGAAACCAUGAAAGUAGAGGUAAUUGAUCCAAAACAGGGGACGCCAUCCGGUUCAUUAGUAGAAACUUCGUUGAGUGAACCAAAUUCUGUGCCUGUGAAUUUGCGUGCUUCAAAUGAUAGUGAUCCAGUUAAACCGCAGGAACAGAAGAAGCGUAAAAAAAAGCGCUCUAAAUCUGCAUCUUGUGAAGAAACAAUGGUAGAAGACGAGGCCUCAAAACUGGGAACGCCAAUUAGUUCUUUGGUAGAGACUAAUGGUAAUGAUUUGGAGAAAGUGACCAACGAUGACCUUCCAGUUAUACAGCAGGAUAAGAAGCAUAUGAAAAGGCACUCUGAAUCUGCAUCUUGUGAAGAACCCAUGAAAGAGGAGGGAACUGAUGCAUCAAAAGAGGGAAUUGAUGCAUCAAAAGAGGCGAUGCCAGUCAGUUCUUUGGUAGGGAAUCUUGUUCCAAAUUCUAGAAAAAAUCUUCUUGUCCUUGAUGUAAAUGGUAUACUGGUUGACGUUGUCACGGAUUUUCAUCCUCGAUACAAGCCGGACACAAGGGUAGCAGCAAAAGCAGUCUUCAAACGGCCCUUCUGCGAUGAUUUUCUGAAGUUCUGCUUUGAAAGAUUUGAUGUGGGAAUUUGGUCAUCAAGAACCAAUAUGAACUUGAAUAAGGUGGUGGACUUCCUCAUGAGGGAUACCAAGAAUAAAUUACUUUUUUGUUGGGAUCGGUCCCAUUGUACUGCUACAGAAUACAAGACUCUUGAAAACAAGGACAAGCCCCUUGUUUUGAAGGAACUUAGGUACCUUUGGUGGGAUAACAAAGGGGUAUCUCUUCCUUGGGACAAGGGAUAUUAUAAUGAAACUAAUACAGUAUUGGUGGAUGAUUCACCGUACAAGGCUCUACGGAAUCCUCCCCAUACGGCCAUAUUUCCACAUCCUUACAGUUUCAAGAAUGCUGGAGAUAAUGCACUAGGACCUGGUGGUGAUCUUCGCGUGUAUCUUGAAAGACUGGCCGAAGCUGAGAAUGUCCAGAAAUUUAUCCAGGACAAUCCAUUUGGUCAAAGGCCGCUCUCCAAAACAAGCAGUUCUUGGCAGUUUUAUGCUAAAAUAGCUGGUACUUAUGGAAGCCAACAAGGAAAAUAUGCAAAUAUAGCCACUCACUCGUAGCACGUCCUUGGUGGUAACAAUCUGCUUAAAGCUGAUUGGUUUUUUGGUUUGAUGUUCAUUGUUCAGUACCUACCAGGUUAUAUUUUCCGUUGCUGACUGUAUAACCAAAGGGUUUACAGACUGUAGUUUGCAUUUAUUUGUCAUUACCAGUUCGUUGAGCAUGUAUCCCUAGGGGCUAGGGGCUUCACUCACUUCUGUGCAUGACCAUAUAGGCACAUACUCUUGAUGGGUUAGUACUUAGUUUUAGGUUUAGGUUUUACAUCGUAUUUUGAUAGAAGAGUCAAGAGUGUACGAUAAAUCAUAGAUCAUAGGCUUAUAAUUUAUUCUUUGAUGUGGAACGUGAUAAAAGGCUGUAAAUCAAGGAUGUGAAGAUGUCCAAUGCUGCUGACCCUCUUAUUAAGGAGGGCUGUGGAGGAGUUACAGCGAAGUCACGGCUUUGUGUUUUUGUUCUCCCUUUGUACUAAAAUCAUGAUCUCUCAGUUUGUACUGUGUCUUAUAAUAUGGACUAUUUUGCUUUCCGGUGCUUCAAACAAAUUAUAGUUCGGUUGUAAACUUGUAUCGUGCUGGAAUAUCGCCGGCACAACGGCAGACAGAAAACAAGUUUAUUGUGAUUUGUGAUUGACUCA